UAUCAUCAUUUUCCCCCCUUAAGGCUCCCUUGUAAAUUAGACUAAUUAGACUCAGUGCAUUUAAUUAACAAACUCUAACUGACAAAAACACAUUAUAAGAUUUCAUAUUAGAUUCACAUGAAUACAAUGUGAUGUUUUUUUUCUCCAUCAUUCAGAGUAGUCAAAAAGUGAUUUCUAACUUCCCCCUGAGUCACAUCUCCUCUGUCUGCCUCUGGUUCAUGACCCAGACUUUGUUUUUGCUUCCUGAGCCAAGUCCAGGCGAGUUGAUCUGAUAUCGGACAGUGGAGAAGCGGCUGUGGAUCUGUUGGAGGGCCGGUGUUCCGGGGCCGGAGGUGGGAGGAGGCGGGGGUGCAGUUCUGUUUGCGCAACACUGGGUGCUGCUUUGGAGGGAAGCGCUGUGGUUUGGAGGCGCAGGGAGCCGGUCUGCGACGUGGAAAGGCGCAAAGACACUCACGUCUCCGAUACAGUAACAAAUGAAACCCAGCGGCAUUAUGGGAACAGAUCAUCAGCCUUUGAGGAGAUUUGUUACUAAAAUGUAGCGCAUUGUUUUCAGCUUAAAACAAAAAAGUAGUCACCGACUUGUCGUCAUGGACGGGGGGUUGACUAUAACUUUAAUAUCCGUUGCGAUGUUUAUAGGUUGUUUUUUACUUGGAUUCAUCCCACUAUUGUUCAGACUUUCAGAGACCAGCAUGAAGUAUAUCACCAUCCUGGGGGCUGGACUCCUGUGUGGGACUGCAUUGUCUAUCAUCAUUCCUGAGGGAGUGGGUCUGAUAGUGGAGUCACUGACAGACUCCGCUCCUGUGCCAACAUCUCUGAAUAAUAGUGAGACUAAUGUGACGUCCAUCAACAGUGGCCCCCGUCCUCAGUUUCUCAUAGGGGUGGCUUUAACCUUUGGCUUCAUUUUAAUGUUUAUAGUGGAUCAGAUCGGAGGUUAUCUUUCCACACGGGGCAAGUCAUCUGGUUUUCUAUGGGUUUAUUUGCACCAUAUAAGCUUAUCCAUUACACAUUUACUUUUGUAUUGUCUCAUUUCAGGUCGUAUAGCUCGUUCGCCUAUCAGUAUCGGAAUAACUGCUACUCUGGGGCUGGUUAUUCAUGCUGCAGCUGAUGGAUUUGCCCUGGGUGCAGCUGUGGCCACGUCUGAAGUGACAGUACAAGUCAUAGUUUUUCUUGCUGUGAUUUUACACAAGGCUCCUGCAGCUUUUGGGUUGGUCUCCUUUCUGAUGCAUUCAGGCCUAGAAAAGAAGUACAUACAGGGACAUUUACUUGCCUUUUCAGCCGCAGCACCUAUAGUUGCCAUCAUCACUUACUUCAUAUUGCAUGCAUCUGGCAGUUUGUUUCAGCACAGCUCGACUGGUAUGGGAAUGCUCUUCUCAGCUGGGACUUUCCUUUAUGUGGCCACAGUGCAUGUUCUCCCUGAGAUCAGCAGCAGCAGGACAGAGCCACCCCAGGGUGAGCUCCAGCAGCAGCAGCAGCAGCAGCAGACUACUGGAGGAUACCCACACCAGCACCGUUACCUGGGGCUCCUGGAGACCAUGACCCUUAUCUUCGGGGUUGCCCUGACGGUGGUGCUUGCUCGGACGUUGAAUGAUGACUAAACAGGCAACGUGAGGGCAAGUAACUGUAGAGUACCACACCUGAAAGGACAACAAUGACCACCUGUCAUAUUAUACAGUGUGAACAACCUGGACGAUACACAUUAGGGAAGAGAGUUCAUUGUUUAAUUUAAUAAUUUCCCCUGUGCUGAGAUAUUUUUUGUACAUCAAAUGAGCUCUGAACUAUGCAUUAAAAUAGGUAGCUAAACAUCAUCCCGAGUGGAAAAAGUUUCAGCCUACGACUGACAAAAAGGGUUCAGUUGUUUCAGAAAUUUAAUUCACUAAGCUUUCUUUAUGUCUGACAAUGUGUUUCUCCCUAAUGGCCUGUCCUACAGGAACUUUCAGUUACAGUGUAGAUUUCCAGGAACAACCAAAUAACCUGAUAUACUCGAUUUAGCUGUAACAAUAAGUGAUGUAGGCCAUUCACACAUAUAGACUUUCAGUCUGUCAUUGUGUGAUACAUGUACCACAGACUGCCUCUAGAUAAGACUAUGUCUUUGCCAAAGACAUUAUUUGAUCCCUCUUGUUUGUCUCUAUGUCUGUCCAUCUAUCUGUCAGUCAGUCAGCAGAAUUCUUGAAUUUUGGUGGAUGGGUAGGAGGUGGGCUAAAGAUGAACCCCUUGAAUUUUGGAGCUGACCCAUAAAACAGGGUGGAGGCUGGAAUUAUUUUUCACUUCCUUGAACACUGAAGAGCCCUGGGCUAAUUCAGAGCCAGGCACCAACUUUAUCUAACU